AUGGAACAAGCUCAUAACGCGAACCGUCCUCUUAAGGACUUUGUUGUCCCAUCCCAGGACGAGCCUCACUCGAGUAUUGUUAACCCGACGAUUCAGGCUAACAACUUUGAGUUGAAACCUUCUCUGUUGCAAAUCGUGCAACAAAACCAGUUUUCCGGUAAUUCUACGGAAGACUCGAAUUUGCACCUAUCCGUGUUCGUGCAAUUCGCUGAUACGCUUAAGUGCAAUGGUGUAAAUCCCGAAGCCAUUCGCCUAGGUUUAUUCCCUUUCUCCCUCAGAGACAGAGCCAGAGCUUGGCUGCAGUCUCUGCCGUCAAAUUCCAUUACGACAUGGAAUGAAUUGAAAAAGGCGUUCCUAGCAAGAUAUUUCCCUCCUAGUAAAACUGCCCAGCUCAGGAACCAAAUUACCUGCUUCAGGCAGACAGACGGCGAGUCGCAUUUUGAAGCGUGGGAGAGGUACAAAGAAUUAAUGAGAGCUUGUCCCCACCAUGGAUUAGAACAAUGGCUGAUUAUUCACACAUUUUAUAAUGGUGUUCUCUAUAAUACAAGGAUGACCAUUGAUGCCGCAGUUGGCGGAGCCCUAAUGGACAAACCUUUCAAGGAGGCAUACGAGCUUAUUGAGAAUAUGGCGCAGAACCAUUAUCAAUGGGGGAGCGAACGCACUCCUGUAGAGAAAUCUCAAUCCAAGGGAGGUAUGCAUGAAGUCAGCAACCUUGAUCAUAUGAACGCCAAAGUGGAUGCGUUGUUCCAUAAGUUGGAUAACUUGAAAAUCGCUCCACCAGCUACUGUUGCUGCCGUAACUCCCAAUUGUGAAAUAUGCGGAACCCCAGGACAUGUUGCUGUCGAGUGUCUGUUGUUAGCAGAAACUAAUCAAGUGAAUUACGCGCAAGGAAACCCGUACGCUAACACGUACAAUCCAGGAUUGAGAAACCACCCAAAUUUCUCUUACAAAAAUAACAAUCCUGCCUUUGCGCCAAGUCCUGCACCUGCAACACCCCCCGGUUUCCAAGGACAAAGAGGAGCCCCUGUUGCUCCGAAAAAGUCUAACCUGGAGCUCAUGAUGGAAAACUUUGUUUUAACUCAAACUCAGCAAAACAAGGAGUUUAUGAAUCAAAACGUUCAUACGAAUGAAUUGAUUAAGCAGUUGGCGCACAAAGUUGACUCCAUGGCCACUCAUAAUAAAAUUGUUGAGACGCAGAUAUCCCAAGUGGCCCAACAACAAGCAGCAACAGCUGCCCCAGCCGGAACAUUUCCGGGCCAACCGUAA